CUGUUUGUGAGGGGCAGCAUUACGGUAGACAGCGUACAGUCUGCCGGAAAUAUGUUAGAAGAAGAAGAAGAGGCCUUGGCGCUGAUCGGGGUAUUUUGUUGUAGCAGAGUACGCCGUACAUCCUAUGCUACAGUUUCCUCCAAAUUACAGGGACGCUGGGAGCAAAACAGUAAGAUGCCUUUGCCUGUGCAAGUGUUUAACUUUCAGGGUUCUGUGGAGCCCAUGCAGAUUGAUGCAGACCCCCAGGAGGACCAGCAGAAUGCACCAGACACCAACUACAUAGUGGAGAACCCAACACUGGACCUGGAGCAGUAUGCAACCAGCUACAGUGGAUUAAUGCGUAUUGAGAGGCUUCAGUUCAUCGCUGAGCAUUGUCCCCAGCUCCGAGUAGAAGCCCUAAAGAUGGCCCUUGCCUUUGUCCAGAGGACCUUCAAUGUCGACACUUAUGAAGAGAUCCACCGCAAACUCACUGAGGCUACACGAGAAGUGCAGGGUGUCCCAGACCCCGUGCCUGAAGGCGGGGUUGUUCCUCCUCCCCUAGACUCAGCCUGGGCUGAGUCCACUAGGAAAAAGGCUCUGCUCAAGUUGGAGAAACUGGAUACUGAUCUCAAGAACUACAAAGGCAACUCAAUUAAAGAGAGUAUCAGGAGAGGCCAUGAUGACUUAGGGGACCAUUACCUGGACUGUGGUGACCUCAGUAAUGCCCUCAAGUGCUAUUCCCGAGCCAGAGACUAUUGCACAAGUGCUAAGCAUGUCAUUAACAUGUGUCUGAAUGUCAUCAAGGUUAGUGUUUAUCUCCAGAACUGGUCCCAUGUGCUGAGCUAUGUUAAUAAGGCAGAAUCCACACCAGAAAUAGCAGAGCAAAGAGGAGAGCGAGAUAGCCAAAAUCAAGCAGUCCUCACCAAAUUAAAGUGCGCUGCAGGCCUGGCAGAGUUAGCCUCCCGAAAAUACAAACCAGCUGCCAAGUGCUUCCUGCAGGCUUCCUUUGACCACUGCGAUUGUCCAGAGCUGCUGUCACCCAGUAAUGUAGCCGUGUAUGGGGGCUUGUGUGCUUUGGCCACAUUUGACAGGCAGGAGCUCCAGCGUAACGUUAUCUCCAGCAGCUCCUUUAAGUUAUUUCUAGAGUUGGAACCUCAGAUCCGUGACAUCAUCUUCAAGUUCUACGAGUCCAAGUAUGCAUCUUGUCUCAAGCUGCUGGAUGAAAUGAAGGACAACCUCCUGUUGGAUAUGUACCUAGCCCCGCAUGUCAGGACACUGUAUAGUCAGAUCAGGAACAGAGCCCUCAUUCAGUAUUUCAGCCCCUAUGUGUCAGCAGACAUGACUAAGAUGGCCCAGGCUUUCAACACCACAGUAGCAGCUCUGGAAGAUGAGCUCACCCAGCUUAUACUAGAGGGCCUCAUAAAUGCACGGAUUGACUCCCAUAGCAAGAUACUGUAUGCGAGGGAUGUGGAUCAAAGAAGCACCACAUUUGAGAAAUCGCUCCAUAUGGGUAAGGAGUUCCAGAGACGAGCCAAAGCCAUGAUUCUCCGAGCUGCUGUGCUGCGCAACCAAAUUCAUGUCAAGUCUCCACCCAGAGAAGGCAGCCAGGGUGAAUUGACACCAGCUAACAGCCAGACCAGGAUGAGCACCAACAUGUGAGGAGGAAGUCAUAUUCCUAAUCUGCAUGGUCAAUAUGCUGUUGGCCGCAAACUGGAGAGGAAUGAUCACCCAUUCACCAACACCACACACCCCACCCCUGCUACCAUUGCUCAGCUAAUGGCAGAAACAAUACACAAUGUGAAGACUGAUGUUCUGAAUGAUCUGUCAGUGGGGAAUAAAACCUUUUUGUUAGUCUCAUGUGGAGGUAUGGACAAGAUGAAAAUUUGUUUUGAUGAAAGCUCAGCUUUUAUGCUAUAAGUUUAAGCAUUACAGGAGCAAGACCUCAUUAACAGAAACAAGGGUUUUAAAAUAAAAGCACCUACCAAAACAUACACUUACUGGUUGUUUUUAUGUUGGCUCUGUUUACAGUACUACAGUACAUAUUGACAGUGGAAUGAUUCAACCAAUAGCUAGAACCUAUCGAUUCAGGGGAAAGAAGGGGUAGAAUGCACUCCAUUGUAUCCACUGUGUAUGUACUUUGUCUGCUUUAAAGUUAGAGGUUUUUAAGAUUAUUAUAAACAUGCAUUGUUUGGAACAAGAUUACAUUGUCACUUAAACUCAAACCCUGCUGUGUUUUCCAUGCUGCAGUUGCAAAUGGACCUGUGCUUGUAGAAAUUUCCUCAGUCUAACUAGAAGUCACUGUACUGAGGUUAAUCAUAGACCUGCUCCACACUUGGUUUAACAGAGGUUUAGGGUCAAAGAGGCCAGAAUAAAGAAAGACCUCUAGAGUUCAAAUAAUUUCAUCACUCUAAAUAUUUAAAUAUUUAACAAUGUAUGAUUUUACCAAAGUAACACCAUCACAGAUGUAAUUGCAUUUAAAAUGUCAUAUUUGCAUAAUUUUUCACAUGUGGAGGCCCAGUGAUUAUCUGACAAACUGAUGUCAAUUUCAAAUAUGUGUAAUGUGAAAUUACAAAAGUUCAACACCUGCAAGAGGAAUAUUGUUUGUGAGUAAUGAUGGUAGAUAUGAUAUGAAUUCUCAAGUCGCUUCAGGCUUUGAGUCAGAAAAAAACAUACAUGUAAGGCUGGUUACCAUUUAAAGUAAUGUUAUCUGUUUGACGUAUUGAUACUGCAGGAGCU